UAUUAUUGUUUCCAUUCUAUUCUAUGUCUUUCAUAUUUGUUAUUGCUGUUUCCUAUCAGUAUUUUAUACUUCAUUGAUCAUUCAAUUCAACAGAUUUCAUAGUCUAAGGACUAAGAAGUUUAGGUAUCUUAAUCACUUGCAUUUUUUACUUGAUUGUAAACGCCUAAAUAUUAUUCCUCAUUUCAUUAAAUUUAAGACUAACCUUCCUUAUUCCAAGAAAGUUAAUUGCAUUCUUCACAAGACUAAGUUUGCUCUCCUUAGAGCCGUCAUUAAUGAAACUAGGAAUAAACUAUCCAAAAUUGAACGCGAAUUGUACCAUUUACACAUCAGUGUGCCUAAUCUAAAUUCAAAUUUUGACGCAAUGGAAAAAUCGUCUUGGAAUAGGGCAACCAAAAUCUCUUCAAAACAUAGUUUAAACCUGAAUAAUAAGUUGAGUAAACUCAUCAAAGUUAAUGAUAAAAAACCUGACGUUAGUUUGCCUGUUGUUAAUCAAAAUUCUGUAGUUAAUCUCUCAAAUACCACUCUUACUGAUGUUCAAAUUAAUGCUUUAAAACUUAACAAUAAUUUUGCUAUUUCAACUCGACCUUCAUUACCUAAACUCAUUGCUCCUAUCGAAAGAUCUUUUAAAUUCAGUAAAAUUAAUGAUGCUCAAAAAGAUUCUAUCAGACACCUUAUUGCCAAUACCGUAGACUUCAACUCAAAAAUAUCUAAUUCAAACCUUAGCCUUUCCUCUAAAGUAAUUCUUAAAGAUAUAAAGUCCAAUCCCAACUUAAUCGUUACCAAAGCUGACAAAGGUGGUCAAAUUGUUCUUCUAAACAAAACAGACUAUUUGGAGAAAUCUAAACAACUUAUUCUUGAAGGUCCUUAUAAAGAAAUUCCCAAAGAUCCGAGCACUAAAGAAUUAAAUGUUAUAAAAUCAACUAUUAAAUCCUCUAUGUUAAUUCCCAAUAGACUUAAGGUUGUUUUGACUCCCUCUGUUUCUCAUUGCGCUAGAUUUUAUACUUUACCUAAGGUACAUAAAGUUGGCACUCCUUUUAGACCAAUUGUCUCCAACAUUGGUACCUCGUCUUACAAACUCGCAAAAUUUUUAGUUUCUGUCUUCUCCCCUCUCCUUGGUAAUAAUUCUUUUACUACCAAAAAUUCCCUUGAGUUUGUUAAAGAAGUUAAAAAUCUAAAACCUAAUGGUUAUUUGAUGGCCUCAUUUGAUGUAAAAUCACUGUUCACUAAUGUUCCUGUUGAGGGGGCUUUGGAAUGCCUAAAACUUAGACUUUCGGAAUAUCAUUUUUCCCAAUAUGAGGUCAAUGAAUAUGUUAACCUUACCCGUGUUUGUUUACAACAAAAUACUUUCGCGUUUGACAACAAAUUUUACCGUAUGACCAAUGGUCUUGCCAUGGGAAAUCCUUUGAGCCCUAUACUUAGUGACAUCUAUAUGCAUUAUUUUGAGAGUAAACUAUUCAAAAUCUUAACUUUCCCCUUUUAUAAAAGAUACGUUGAUGACAGUUUUGCUUUGUUAGAGGAAAAUAAUUGUAAUUUAGAUCAAAUCCUUAAUGUUAUGAACAGCAUUGAUUCUUGCAUUCAGUUCACCUUUGAAUUAGAGUCUGAUCAAAAACUUCCUUUCUUAGAUGUGCUUGUGACUCGGAAUGAUAAUUCAUUCCAUACUACUGUCUUUCGUAAACCUUUUGCUGUUUCUCUUCCCCCUCAUUACAGAUCCGCCCACCCUCCCAACCAAAAACUUGCCUCUUUUCGGUCUUUUGUCCACCGUGCUGUUAAUAUUUGUUCCAAUAUUGAUCUUCUUGAUGCAGAAUUAAACUACAUCAAAGCCAUUGCUCAUGACAGAGGUUAUUCCCCUAGCAUUAUUGAUAAUAUUUAUAAAAACGUAACUAAACAAUCGCCUACCGAUAAACCUUCCAAAGAAUUUUCUAACAAUUUGGUAAUUUUACCCUAUUUUCCUAAAAUAAGUCGGCAAGUUGCUAACAUCCUAAUGAAGUUUGAUUUCAAUAUUAUUUUCAGUCCCAUUAAUAAGAUAAAAUUUUCUAAUCUCAAACAGCCCAUUGACAGUCAAAAUAACUGGGGUAUAUACCAAAUUAAUUGCCAAUGCGGCCUUUCAUAUAUUGGCCAAACUAAGCGUGCCUUAAAGUGCCGUGUCAAGGAACAUGAAGCUUAUGUCAAAAAACAAGAAUUUAAACGCUCAUCUAUUGCCCAACAUUGUUGGGACUCUAAUCAUAAUUUUAAUUUUUCCUCUUCUAAAGUCAUUCAAAAUUGUUCCUCAAUAUAUGAUUUAGAUUUUUAUGAGUCUUAUCAUAUUUUCAAAAAUUCCAAACUGUUGGUCAAUGACCUAUCAAGUGUUCCUUAUAUUUCUCCUGUUUGGAAAUCUAUGAUAAAACCUAACUAA